CGCAAGACUCAACUCACUCAAGUCAAGUGUCCCAUUUUCGGAAAUCUGUCGUUGUGAAACAGUUUUUCUUCAUAUUUUUUUAUGUUAUUCUUAACUUUAAAUGUGGGAAAAGAUAAAUUAAAAUGGAUAAAUGUGGAAUAUGCUUAAAACCAGCGGAGCAAUUAUUUGAAACUGGGAAUGAUGGUGUGUAUGCAUGUUUCAAAUGCCAACCCCUUGUGCCAGAGGUAACAAUAGGAGACAGUGAGCCGACCUCUUCAGAGCAUUCCAAUGAUGAAAUAAAACAAGAGCCCAGUGAAGAUGGCACAUUGUACUGUCACAUAUGCCAGAAGGGAUUCCAGAAGGACGCACAGCUGCAGAAUCAUAUGAGGAACCAUCGUGCUGAGCGUAGAUUUGUUUGCACUUACUGCAAUAAAGCGUUUUCUCAAUCAAAUAAUUUGCGGGCCCAUCUUCGCAUUCAUACUAACGAGCGGCCGUACAAGUGCCAGGAGUGUGGGAAAGCGUUUACACAGGUGACAAAUUUAAAUAACCAUGUCCGUUUGCACACUGGAGAGAGACCGUUUGUGUGCCCCGAGCCGGGCUGUGACAAGGCUUAUGCUCAGGUAACAAAUUUAAAUCAACAUCGCAAACGGCACCUCUCCGGCCGUCCCCUAGAGAGCUCCUACCAGUGUCCAGUUUGUGGGGAACAGUUCGCACAAAGGAAUCAUAUGUACACGCAUAGACGGGAGGCCCACUCCGUGUUGAAGGCGUCUUUGCCGCUUCGCGUGCGGUUCGCGUGUUCGUACUGCGACGUAAAGGUGGCCACGGAGCGACAUUUACAGGCCCACAUCGCGCAGCAUCACUCUGAAGAUCCGGAGGAUGAUAAGUCGUCGUUCAAGUGCGUGUUCGCGUCGUGCGGCGCGGUGGUGUCGUCUCCCCGCGACCACACCGAGCACCUGCUGCGGGCGCACCAGCUGCGCGUGCUGGCCACACGAGCGCGCACGCCGCCCAAGCGGGGCCGCCCUCCCAAGAUGAUGAAAGACCCGUUAGAACUGAAUGAUCACGAAGAUUUCGUUGAGGUGAAAAUAAGAAAGAGCAGCCCGCAAUACAUGCCCAAGUUGAGAGUGCAAAGUUUAUUCCAGUGAAAGAAGUACAGACAAUUUAAUAUGACACCCGCUUAGCUUAGUGUACUUAGAUAUAAGCUAUUGUAUAGAUUUUACUUUUAUUUUGGUACUGUUGCGACGUGUUAUGAAGGUUCUCCUGUUUUUGGAAAUUUGACAGAUCUCCUAGCUCGAUGAAGAUAUAUUUAUAUGUACUAUCAUGAUAUUAAAACAGUAAACAUACAAAUUGUAAAAGAUAUACAUGCUGUAUAACUUUGGUGGGUUCAAUGACCGCGGUCGGCGACAUUGUAUCAAAUUGGUACCAAUAAUAUUGUACAGAUACAGCUGUAUUUCAUAUUUAUGUAAUAGCUUUCUAGCUUGUUGCCGUUAGAUAGGUGUAUUUGUAAUACUUAAAUCGUUCUUGACCCAAAAAUUUUCAAUGAUUGAAAUCUACAGGUUGCUCUAAAUUUAAUUUUAUUGUUUUUUAAAUCGAUUUUGUUUGUGAAUAUUUUGAGUGCGAUGCUGCAAUAUGCCAUUACGUUUAUAAUGAAAGUAUUAUACAUUAUCAUGUACUAUUUCAUAUUAUAUAGGCGUUUAGUGCAAUGGAAAGAGUUGAGUUAUAUAUUAUACUAAAUGUUUAACAUGAAUCGGCUUUUAGAGAAGUUUUAGGAGUUUAACAUAAUCCUGGAUUUAAUUUUUCUACAUAAUAGACUUUAAGGAAGAUACUAAUGAAAUGAAAUUAUUUACUUUAAUAAUAUUAGCAAUAAAAUUGUAUCAAGUUUAGUUAGUAUAUAAGUUAUAGAUAUAUAGGUAUGUGUGGCGGAGCAUCAAAGACGAUUCCUAUAUACUUGAAAUGUAUGAUAUAAUAUGAGAUAUGAUCAUAAAUUAAGACAUCUAUCGUCUCAAGGUGACGAGCGCAACUGUAGUGCCGCUCAGAAUUUUCGGGUUUUUCAAAAAUCUUGAGCGGCACUGCAUCGUAAUGGGCAUGGCGUAUAAUUUACCAUCAGUUGAACGUCCUGCUAUUCUCGUCCCUUAUUUUCAUAAAAAAAAAUUGUUCAGUGAAAUAUCAGCAAGUAAAACUAUCCUGAUGAGUCUCGCCUGUUGUAUUUAAGACGGUUCAUAUAUUUUUCGGCGAGGAUCUAGAGCGGUGUCAUCAAAAACGCAGAAAUUAAAAAUAGAGUCUCAAUAAAUUUUCACCCUUAGAUAAUUUAUACGUCUAGAUAGACUGUGACAGCUGUCAAAGCGUUGAAAAAAAAUUGAGGUUGACGGUUAACCUCUAUUUUGAGCAAUGCACGCACACUAACACAUAUAAAUCGCGAGUGUAAGACCCAAGAUUGUCCCGCACACUAGACGCAUAAAUUAUCUAAAUUUUAAGUUAGGACGUCGCAUUGAAUUGUUUUCUCGAGGCUUCGUAAUUGCAAUAUUAGACAUAAGAUGAUAGAAAAUUUAUCUUUAUUUCACUGUUAUAGGAUGAAAGUAAUAAGAAUUUUUCUACUUUGAUGCUCCGCCAAAAUAUCGUCUGUACAAGUUAAUAUAGAGUAACAUUAAUAAUCUAAAUUGAGACAGUCUAAUCGAAACAAUAAUGUCGGCGAAUACAAUACAUAUAUACAUUACCUUAUGAAUAAAUAUUAAGAAAAUUACUCUUUGACACAAGUAUUAUAUGUGCGCCUUUAUAACUUCGUGGGUUUAUUCUGAGGUAUAAAAUUAUUGGUCUUCUCAUAAUAAAAGUAAUUGCGAUAGUGGGCAAUUUCGCAAACUCCGUCAAUUCAAAAAAAAGGGCGGGGUGUCAUGUCAAGAAUAUAAUAUAUUUAGCUUAGAUAUUAUCUAAGCUAAAUGUGAAUCUAGAUUGAACCAUUCAUAUUAAAAUCUUAUAAAUUUCGCCCGCCUAGAAUCAACUUUGUUUUUUUAUUAAAAGGUUACCGACGUAAUAUUAUCCGUUUUUUUAAAUUCGUGUUAACUAGUUAAAAUGUUACAAUAAAACAAUACACACAAAGUAAUUUUGCUACGUAAGUACGCAGAUUGCAGGAUAGACCGAAAUGCAUUUUUUUAAUGAGCUCAUUUAAUUAUUCUUCUUAUGAUCUUCUGGAAUGUUCUAAAAAUCGCUUUAAUCGCAGAACAAACUAACGAAGUUUCAUAAUGGCGCAUAAAUAGUUUUUUAUUAGAUGGAUUGAAUGUUAACACAUAAAUUAAUUUAUAAUACGCAUAAGAUUCUGGGUAUGUUCCGAUAUGCGCUGCGACCACUGCACAGUGCUAUCACUGUAGAAAAAUUCGUUCCGUUAUGGACUGGCAGUAUGACGUCAUAAAUCGCCGCCAUAUUCUACUGUGAGCACUGGCGUUUUCGAGGUACUCGCAGUACUUUGAUCACGUGAUCAGUUAAAACCACUCGAGUGCCUAACGUUUUAUAAACAAUACCAACAGUUUAAUCCCAAAUAUUUUUAAUUUGACAGUACUCCAACAACAGCUUUUUUUUAAUGAACUAGAAAACUUUAAUACACUCAUUUGAUUGCUGCGUCAAAAAAUGCGGCUGGCAGUAUACGGGAUUGCGUUCCGUUUUAAAUAGUAAGCAAUAUAUUCAAAUUCAAAUAUUUUUAUUCAAAAUAGGAUGUGACAUCACUUAUUGAAAGUCAAAAAAACUACCACCCAUUCCAAAAUGAAUGCCUCAGGCCUGAGAAGAAUGGGCGCAACAAACUCAGCGGGCUUUUUUUUCAUCCUAAAUAUGUUUUACUAUUAAAGUAACAUUUACAAAGUCACAAAGUAACAUCGUACAAUUAAACUUAUUAUUUAAUAGCCUGAGGGCAGUUGCUCCAUUCCCAAUUUGUGGUAUCAUUAAGAAAGUCAUUUAUGUUAUAGUAACCUUUACCACACAAACGUUUUUUAACAAUUCUUUUGAAUAACGUAAUACUUUUGUUUUGAACAUUUUCUGGGAUCCUGUUGUAAAAGCAUAUACAUCGCCCCACAAGACUUGCUAACUCGACUUAGCCGAGUAGUAGGCAUUAUAAGCUUAUGUCUGUUCCUGGUGUUAACAUUAUGGUUAUGACAGUUUCUGGCAAAUUCACUUAUGUGCCUAUGAACAUACAUUACAUUAUAUAUACAUUAAAUUACAUUAUAUAUAACUAACUAUAAAGGAACGGCUUCACAGUAUACUAAAUUGACGUCACACUGUACAGUGGUCGCAGUGCAUAUCGGAACAUACCCUCUGUUGUUAUGUAAGGCUUUUGUACAUUAGAUCUCGAAGCUAGGUAUAAGGUUGGCGGCACACGAAAACAUUUCAAAAGUAUUGAAUAGGCUAGAAUGUUAGGCUGGAGACACGUUUCGCACUUGCCUUUGGUUUUAUAGAUGGUUAAGCGUGGUUGAAAAUAAUUUAUAAACAAUUGUAUCGAAAUCACGGACUAGUAAAAAAAGAAGGACUCCGCGCCUUGAUAUUAGCAAGUAAUGCACCUUUAUGCUAUUGUGAGUGCGGUUACGGGGUAUACCAGAUACCUACACAAUGUUUUCUCCCUUAAGUAAUCAUUUAUCCACAAAUACUUUUAUAGUAUUGUUUUUACACUUUUCACAACGCACGACGGAAUUUUUAAAAUAUUUUAUUGCGUCGCAAACUGAUCUGUCACAGACGAUGGCAAAUCUCAUAAUGGCGGCCGAUCGGCUUGUAUUAGUGUAAGUGUAUGCGUGGGGCUAUGCAUUUACACGUUUACCGGCUUGUUUUGGUGCCUCACUGUUAUGUAAGGUGACACGGAGUCCUUCUUAUUUUACUCGUCCGUGAUCGGAAUCUAUGUUUCGGUAGCGAUAACAGUGUUAUUCAUUUGAUAAUAAUCGCUAUUAUGCUAAGUAUAAAUAGAAGUUCUAUAAAGUAAGAAGUUACGUGUUAGGAAAUUUGUCUUAUAUUUUAUGCAUCUGUGAUUUUUACAGAAAAAUUUUGUAGUCGAUGAGAACAUAUAAAAUACUUUUAUUUCGUAUGUUGUGUCAUUAGUCAUAAAGUCGCUGCAGUGUCCAGUAAUAGUGCGAUUUCGCUAAGGAGUCCGCUGACCGCACCGUCUCAUACCAUGACCAUGCUAUGAACGUUACAGACAAUCUUUGUAUUGAAAAGUUUAUACGACUUGACCGAUUUGUGACAGACCAACAUCGUCGGGUGUCAAUGAAUUGUCGGCGAGAUUAUUUUGACUAUUAUGACUUCUAAACCCGUUUGUUAAAUAGAAAUAGUCUUCAAAUAGCAUAAUAUAUAGAAAAUCAUUAUCCUAGUAAAGAAGUGUGCGUGUACUUAUGUAGUUACGCAAGAAGUUAUUCUUCUUUGGCGAUAUAAAACCAAAUUUAUUUUUAUCAAUGAUACGUCACUCGAACGGUUGGCUCAGUUGGAAGAGCGCUCGCACGUAACGCGAGAGAUCGCCGGUUUGAGUCCAGCGUGGUUCAUAAAUUUUGCUGUCAAAUUUUAUUUGUGUAAUUAAUCCCAUAAGUGAAGGUUAUCAUCACUUUAAAAUAUUGCAAGUAUAUAAAUUUAAAUUAUUUAUUGAAAUUUCUUUAAUUCUCGUCCAUUGGUCGUGGUUCAGUAGACAUAUGAGUUACAAUAGGCUUGGUAGCUGAAGUUUGAUACAAAUGGGCUAGUUGACCAGCUAACGUCAGGGUGUCGAAUUUGCGUUGCAGGUACUAAAAAUACGUACGAAGCAAAUUGACAAUUCGUAAUUGCUUACUUUUCUGGUCGGCAAUUGGACGUAAUUCCAGAAAAACGUUCCAUACCACAAUCAUGUCGAAAUUGAGUUAAGAACACAAAACUGGUCACGUGAUUCAUAUUAACGGACUGACAAAAAAUGGCAGCUUUACUGCCACUCUUAAAAUGACAUCAUGACUGAGUAGCCCAACCCACAUGUAUGGAAAACACUAAUAUUUAUUAAAUUUUAAACACAAAUUCCUUAUAAUGUGAAGUUUGUGGCUUGGAAGGUUUUUCAGGAACUACGUCCAAUUAUGAUCCUAACAUUUUAUCACAGUAAUACUUAUUGUACAAUAUUUUAUUGAUUUUUCAAGGUAGUUAUUUUUUAAGGUAGUGUAUCUUUUGAUUAAUGUGAGUUGUCAUGAGGGUAUGAAUAACACUUUGGUUACAUUCAAGUGGCCAAAGUAGCCUGUAUUGUGCUUGUUCCGUACGCGACACGUUCAUAGCACGGUCAUGGUAUGAUACGGUGUUCUGGUCUGACGACUUCCUUUGAAUAUUCGUUUCUUUAAUUAAAGCUAGUAUGAUUGAUUUCUUAUUGGUGGUAAUUACAUAGAAUUUUUAUAAUAACCGUUAGGGAUUGUAAUAAACUGUUUUAAAAUUAUAAUUUUUAAAAUACUAUUACUACUGUGGAAGGCACAGGGGUUGACAAAUAGCAUGUUAUGGCACUUGAACCACAGCCGCCGAUGAGUGAGAAGGACAAACACAGCGGGUGAGAGAGUAGAACUUCUCUAACGGAGAUACAGCAACAUAGAAAAGGUAGGAGGAUCUAUUGUUACUGUAACCGAUUUUGGUUUACAGGUCGUCAACAGUCAGUCAACAGUAUUUAUACGUCUAGAUAGACUGUGACAACUGUAAAAACGUUGAAAAAAAUUGAGGUUGACUGCUAACCUCUAUUUUGAGCAAUGCACGCAAACUAACACAAAGUGACAUACAAAUCGCGACUGUAAGACGCAGCUUGUCACGCACACUAAAGUAAUAAAGCUGGCCUGUUCUCAUCGGUUGGCUAACAGCAAGAGGCUUUAUCUAGACGUAUAAGUUAUUUAUGUGUCACGGAUUAUCGGGCUAUCAGAUCGUCUUUACGCUAGUCUAUGGCACUAUUAAUAUGUGAUUCUUUUAUUCACGCGAGAUCAAUGUCGCUUUCUCACCAGCUGUACGGCAUGUGCCUCCAUCGUAUAUUUUUUUACCAGUGGGAGGCUCCAUUGUACAGAUUAUGGGUACCACAACGGCGCCUAUUUCAACCGCGAAGCAGUAAUGUGUAACAGUACUGUGUUUCGGUCUGACGGGCGCAGUAGCCAGUGAAACUACUGGGCAAAUGAGACUUAACAUCUUAUGUCUCAAGGUGACGAGCGCAAUUGUAGUGCCGCACUGAAUUUUUGGGCUUUUCAAGAAUCCUGAGUGGCAUUGCAUUAUAAUGGGUAGGGCGUAUCAAUUGCCAUCAGCUGAACGUCCUGCUCAUCUCGUCCCGUAUUUACAUUUAAAAAAAUAUAGUAAUGUUUAAUUUGCCUAUUAAUUUCGCUCACCGCUCAGGGCGUGCCGGGUCUUAUAUUAUGUUGUUAUUACUGGAGAAUGUAACUAGGUACAUAUUAUUCGAAACAUUAUUUUAUUGUAAAAAUCAUAGACGGUGGCACAGUGUAACUAAAUUAUUAUUACGUUCAUCAAUGGUCAUAUCCGAAGAGACAUUGCAUUUACGGCCUUUCAUGUUUUUAUCAGACAUAAAAUAGUAUAAAGUGUACCUACGCUCAAUAGCUUAUUGAGAGUCAACCGACAUAUUUGUUAAACGCACUAAAGUUAAAUAAUUACUUAUGGAAAAAAUAUUGCUUUUUUUGAUCUGCAUUUAAAGUGAGACGUCGGAUAUGACCGCUAUACUAAUGUCAAAAACCCGAUGCCCGCGUCGCUGUCGAUAACUGUUGUGUGUUAUGAUAUUUUUGUGUUUUAUUUUGUUAUUAUAUUAUUUGGUUAAAGCGAGUUAGUAAAAUAAAGUCACAUCGGACAUUUGACAUUGAUAAAGUCGGGUGUACACUGUGCCACAAUUUAGUAUAAGGUGAAAAUGUUCCUAUGAGUGUCAGAGAGUAAUAGUGGAAUGAAUAAUAAUGAAUACGAUGUGUUGUUUAGUGAGUAGUUGUAUAGAAGACCAUAACAGUAGCCUUGUAUUGUGUACCAUACGGUGUACCAGCGAUGGACGAGAUUUUUUAACAUACAUUUAUCUUCAAAUAUACAAUUUUAAAUAUA